CAGCUCCCUUCAGCCCCUCGUUUAAACAAUGUCCUCCAGACAGAGCAACCCAGAGAGUCUCUGAUCACAGCAUAGCCUUGGACAUAUUUCAAAGGAAAUUAACCCAGAAACUCCUCCACGAGGCCAUAAUCCUGAGCGUAUGCCCCUGGAAAAGCUAGGGAUGAGCACUUCUCUGAACUACAAGUCCUUCUCCAAAGAGCAGCAAACCAUGGAUAACCUGGAGAAACAGCUCAUUUGCCCCAUCUGCCUGGAGAUGUUCACCAAGCCUGUGGUCAUCCUGCCCUGCCAGCACAACCUCUGUCGGAAAUGCGCCAGUGACAUUUUCCAGGCCUCCAACCCCUACCUGCCAACCAGGGGAGGCACAACCGUGGCAUCGGGAGGCCGCUUUCGUUGUCCCUCCUGCAGGCAUGAAGUGGUCCUUGACCGGCAUGGCGUCUAUGGGCUGCAGAGGAACCUACUGGUGGAGAACAUCAUUGACAUCUACAAGCAGGAGUCCACAAGUAGACCUGAAAGGAAGUGUGACCAACCAAUGUGUGAAGAGCAUGAAGAUGAGAGAAUUAAUAUCUAUUGUUUGAACUGUGAAAUGCCCACUUGCUCUUUGUGCAAGGUCUUUGGUGCCCACAAGGACUGUCAAGUUGCUCCUCUCACAAACGUUUACCAGCAACAGAAGUCUGAGCUGAGUGACGGCAUUGCAGUCCUGGUGGGGACCAAUGACAGAGUGCAAGGGAUAGUCACACAGCUGGAGGAGACCUGCAAGACAGUUGAGGAAUGCUGCAGACGACAGAAAGAGCAGCUGUGUGAAAAAUUUGAUUAUCUCUAUUCUGUACUGGAAGAAAGAAAAAAUGAGAUGACACAAAUAAUCACUAGAACCCAAGAGGAGAAGCUGGAACACGUCCGAUCCCUGAUGAAGAAGUAUGCAGAUCACUUGGAAGCUGUGUCAAAGCUGGUUGAAUCAGGAAUCCAGUUCAUGGAAGAACCAGAAAUGGCUGUGUUUCUGCAGAAUGCCAAAACAUUGCUGCAAAAAAUUACUGAAGCAUCUAAAGGAUUUCAAAUGGAAAAAAUAGAGGAUGGAUAUGAAAUCAUGAACCAAUUCACAGUGAACCUCAGUAGAGAAGAGAAGAUAAUACGAGAAAUUGAUUUUGACAAAGAGGAUGAGGGAGAAGAGGAAGAGGAGGAGACGGUGGAUGGUGAAGAUUUGGAUGAAGUCCACACGGAGUCCUCAGGAGAGGAGGAGAAGGAAGACGAGGUGGAGGAGGAAGGGACUGAGCGAACAUCGCAGCCACCUCAGCAGGACCCUGAACCACAGAGCACAGUGGGAGACCCCCCAACUGAACCCCCUCCAGUGCAAUUGCCUGCUGCCCCAGCUGGUCAGGAUGAGGUUGUGACACCAGGUGGUUCUCAACAGACCCCAGAGUCUGACACUCGCGUGCCGGCCACAGCAGAAACCAUCGAUCCCUUGUUUUACCCUAGCUGGUAUAAGGCUCAGUCGCGGCAAUCAAGCAGUCCAAGCGCAACCCCUGUGAGUGGGUUGGGGAAAGUAGGGCCUCCUGUUUCUCUGGAAACAAGUGCAAAGAAGGCAGAAACACCAGCAGCGGCAGCAGUCGAGGAGAGUGCACCGGGGAGUGGUAAGGAAAGUAAUGCCACUGCAGCAACAUCCAAGCUCUGCAAACAGCUGCAGCAAUGCAAAUGGACAGUGAACCAUGGAGGCCAAGCGGGAAGGGAUCAGUGGGAAGCCAAGGGGCAGGACCUGUUUUGGUUAGCAAUGUUGCUCCAGAAUAUAUUGACUGGUUCUGAACUGUGCCCUCAAGAAAAAGUGGAAGAAACUCCCAUGAGCAAUGAGAGGGGUGACGAGCCGGCUCGUCAUGUCUUCUCCUUCUCCUGGUUGAACUCACUGAAUGAAUGACGACUCACUCUGGCUGCCUUCUGGUGUGCUUCUCCUCAGAGGGACUGCAGGCAGCCUGGCUGCAAUUGACAAAGAAACUGGCCUGGAAAGGCACAUCCGAGCAGGUUUUGUUCCCAGGAACUCGGUUAACUUCCACAUCAUACCUGGCCCUUGGGGCCACAGAGUCCUAAAAGGGAUGGGAGCGUGGGGACAAGUUGCUGUAUUGUAUCCCAGCCAGAGUAUUUUCCAAUAAUUUCUUGUUUCUAAGGGAAAAAUAGCUUCACCACCGCUGUAGGCUGAGCACUGCUAAUGUUUUGUUUUCCAGUUUUUGGCAUGUCCCUGUGUAGGUGUAAACGCUUCACCAAUGUUGUUAGCUAAAAUGCUGGUAAGAUAUUCACUAGUAGCAUCCUUUGCCAACACAUUUCUCCUCGGUACUCUCCUGCAUCCCCACUCAUCAGUGCUAUUGACUUCAGUGACACUAUUGCACCCGUGGCACCCCCAAGUCCGGACUGUGUCUAAGCAUCUCCCUGUGGUCACUCGUAGUCCACAGGGUACCAGUGUGUCCCUGGCUGCAGGGGCUGAACACAGGAGGGGAGAGAGAAGCUGUCAUCUCUUCCUUUGCACUUGCUCGUACUGCUAAACCACAACAGAUUACACUAACAUAGACAGAUUAUUUGUAGGAAAGGUGCCCGGCAGCAGGGAUGAGGAGGAUGCACAUGCAGAAAGCACUGGCCACCCCCCAGGUGUGGACGUGGGACACAGCUCUGGGCGUGUGGGGCAGACACUAGAAUGCUGCCCAGAUCUGCCUGGCUGUAAUCUGUAUUCUGAGUCAUCCGUGUUUGUAAGAGAAGGGGCAUGUUCUUGCAUGAAACCAGGAUGCGGUGAGGCGGUCACAGGUAUUCAUUCGAGGUUUAAUUUGAAGGCCCUGUGGUGUGCUGUAGAAAAGGUGGAUGUGAACGUCCUGUUCCAUAUGUGUGGCAGAUGUUGAGCCGUUUAAUGAAAUCUAAUUUGUCUUAAAAGAAACUCUACAAGUUGUACUGAAGGUGACACUCUGCAAGUUUUGUCACUGAGGAUGGUAUGUCAGUACUCAACAGUGUUUCAGAGAGACUGGCAGGUUGCGGGGAGUGCUCGGUGCCACGGGGGACCAGGAGUCAAGCUCUGUGCAAGGGUUAAGUGUGGAUUUUUCCAGGAGCCCUGAGUCAGAGCCUAAACAUGUACUGGCAGGCAGGGGCCUGUGUUGGAGCUGUGCUGUGCCCCAGUAGGACAGUGAGCUGGCAGUGCCCAGUUGGCAGACCGUGAGGGGUCAGCCCCAGUCCUCACCAUCCCUUGCUACAGGGCUGAGUCACAGCCCUUGUCUGUAUCUGUUUCCCCUGGAAAAAAGCUCCUUCGAGAGAAGUUUUGGAGGGCUGCACAGGUGAGGUCUGAGCUUUGAGACUCACAGAGAUGGGGCGAGCAUCGCUCCACGCCACCAGCACCGCUGCAUCCCCUCCACCUGCUGGAGCAGAUUUAUUCCCUGGGAUCUGGUUUGAGGUGGGGGAGU